AUGAAGGCCGGGAUGUGGGAGGGGAACCAUGGGAAGGAAUUGAGACAGUUGAAUGCCAAGGCAUAUGUCGGCCCAGAGCUGGAUCAUUCAUGGACACCGGCAGAAGCAGUCGAGCUGUUUGCUACCACCCAUGAGGCGGACGUCCGUUUGCCAGAGUCUCGAGAGAAUGUUGUCAAUGUGUUGACUUCGACGUCUGACGUUUUCCUGCAUCGAAAGUUGAAGAAAGAACGCCAAGCCGGGAAGAGCCAAGCCCGUCAGAUGAUACUCGUAUCCCUCUCUGGCUUGAUUGCGAUCCAGGAUGCGUUUGCGAUUCUGCUUGCUGCCCAUCACCCAGCACUGAGGUUGCUUGGCAUAAGUACGGUGCAUGGCAAUGGGUCUUUGGAAAAUACAACAGUCAAUGCUGGGAGCAUUCUCGAAGCCGUCGGGCGUUCCGAUAUCCCUGUGUAUCCCGGCGCAAAGAAGCCAUUCUGUCGCAAAGCCGUUCACGCAGAGGAUAUACAUGGAACAUCUGGCAUUGACGGGACAGACCUUCUCCCUGCUCCGACUAAACCAGCGGUGACCAAUGUCUCUGCAUAUAUCGCCAUGAGGGAUGCUCUGUUAUCACAGCCCAAGGAUACUGCAUGGGUUGUAGCUACCGGAACCCUUACCAAUUUAGCCAUUCUGUUCGCUACCUUUCCUGAAGUUGCAGAACAUGUCCGUGGUGUUAGUAUCAUGGGUGGUGCCGUUGGUGGAGGCUUUUCAAGUGUCCCCAUCAGCCAGAAACAAGGAGAUGAGUCAAGAGUUGGAAAUAUAACCCCCUGGGCGGAGUUCAAUAUAUACUGUGACCCGGAAUCGGCAGAGUCGAUUUUCUCGUCCCCAGUCCUGGCACCAAAGACCACACUGGUAACAGUCGAUUUGACGCAUCAAGUACUGGCUACGAAAACUGUGCAGUCACGCAUUCUGGGCGUCAAGGGCGAAGCGGGAGAGAAACAAAAUCCGACAGUCCUUCGACAAAUCCUUCAUGCAUUGCUAAUGUUCUUCGCUGGGACUUAUGAUACUGUUUUUGGAAUAAGCGCUGGCCCGCCUCUCCAUGACCCUCUCGCAGUCGCCAUUUUGCUGUCCAACCUCAACGACCAAGCUAAGACGGCAACUAACCUGAAGGAACAACUGAUAUUUAACGACACAAAUGGCACAAGAUAUGACGUUUCUAUCCACACAGAUGGACUUCAUCACUGUGUUGAAGGCGCCGACUUGCAAGGUGAAAUUGGCCGUACAUAUGUCAAACCGUGUCCUGCGGGAGCAAAGGGAGUCACCAUUCCGCAGAGCGUCGACGUUGAUAAGUUUUGGGAAACGAUUUAUGAUUGCUUGGAUCGCGCUGAUCAAUGGAACCUGGAACGGACUCGAACGACCUGA